ACCUCUGGCUCAUUUUCAAAUCGGCCCCGCUUUGCCUUCCUUUGCCGCACUCCACACUCUCCACUCUCCACUCUCCACUCUCCACACCUUCCUAAAACUUCCGUACGAUCGGACGGUGCCGCGCGAAUCAGAGAUGGGCCCACCACCGAAGACCGCCGGCCGAACGAUUUCGCAGGAGGCCUUCGACGAGGUCGUGAAGGAGAACAUCGACGAUCUCGGCAUGGACCCCACCGAGGCCCUCCAGGACGCCAUCGAGACCCUAACUCUUCAGGGCGUCGAUCUCUCUGGGAUUGUCACCUGUGUGCCAGGAGAGGGUGGUGUGAAGGACAACCCUGUGAUUCAGUGUCUGGAUAGAUUGAAGCAGUUGAAUUCUGGCGAAAACAGUCAAGUAGGCGAUGAGGAGAUAGUUCAGUUACUUGAUGAACUUACAGAGCUGUGUAAUUCUGAAGGUUCUGGAAACUCUGCAAUAGCCUCUAGAAACGGCGCGGUUGAGUUGAUUUGUUCUAUAUGUUCUAAGGUUUCGACUGGGUGCCAGGGUGCUCUUGUUUCAGCUUUGAAGGCCAUGGCUUCGUUACUUCAUGAUUUGCAAAGUAGAGAGGCAUUUAGAGCAAGUGGUGGACCAAAGCUUGUGGUGGGCAUUCUAACUGAUGGAUUUGAGAAUAUAGAAAUAUUGAGCAGUGGCUUUGCUGUCAUUGCUGCUGCUGCAACGGGUAAUGAGGUUACAAAAGAGUCUUUCAUGGAGUUGAAGACUGAUGAGCUUAUUCUGCGAGCACUUAGUAUAAAAAGUGAAGGCAGCGUUGAUAGUUUAUAUGAUGCCAUACGGAUUCUCUUAACACCUGAUGAUACUCGUGUUUUGGCUUCCCAAGUUUAUGGUUAUGCGCGGAAAUUUGCCAAAAUUGGAAUUCCAGGAGCUCUGGUUGACUCCAUACGUGCGGGGCUAAGCUCACCUAGUCUUGUUUCAGCAAGCAUCGCUUUGAAAGCUGUUGCUGCCAAUGAUGAAAUAUGUACAACCAUUUCUGAACAUGGUGGUAUUGAUGCAGUUCUCAUAUGCAUUGAUGACAGUAGUGAACAAGGCAAUAAAACUGUUGCUCAAGCUUGUUGUUCUUUGCUCUCCAGGUUGGCAGGAAAUGACACAAAUAAGAAUGCCAUUGUUGAGAAGGGAAUGGAUAGGCUAAUGAAACUCUCCGGUAGAUUUUCUGAUGACCCUUCAGUCCUGCAAGAGAUUAUGUCUCUUAUUUCAGUACUCGCCUUAAGAUCCCCUGAAAAUGCGGCCCGUGCAAUUGAAGCUGGGGCUGGAGAACUUGCAAUCCAAGCUAUGCAGAACUUCCCUGCGGCACAGCUACUGCAAAGGAAUUGUUGUCUCAUGAUCCGGAAUCUUGUUGUAAGAAACUCAGAAAACAGAACAAUUAUGCUCAAUAGUGGUGUUGAAGAAUGCAUAAGGAAGGCCAAGCACACUCAUGCAAUCUGUAAGGAGGCUGCUACAGAUGCCCUGAGAGAUUUGGGAUUAGAUGAUUACUACGUGUAAUUAUCAAAGAGCCUAUACUCAAACUUCAUGUUGAACCAGUGUUACAUACCCCAGUUAAUUUUCCCUGUUUGUUUUGGCUUUUGCCCGAGGCUAGUGAUUGAUUUUGAUGUUUCAACGGUUGGGGGUAUCUUAAUAUUUUUGAAAUUAUAUUUUC